UAUAUGUUUAUACCUUUCAUUGAGUCUACAGAUGAAUAUGUUUUACUAUAUUUUGUGUCUAUGAAAUAGGGAUGUCAUAUAAUCAGGGGUAUGCCAUGAUGUAUUUGGCAGCAUUUUCCAUUUUCAGUGGCACAUAAAAUGAAGAUGUGUCUUAAAAUCUGUAGCAUCUUAAAUUUGAUGAAACGCAGUAUAUAUUUGAAACAAAUGAGAUCGUGUUCAGCUGUUUCCCCACCUAAAUAUCUUGAACAUUUUCCAAUAUCACUGUGUUUUAGAUCUAUCACAUUAUUAACAGAUAUCUAGUAUAUUAUUAUGGGUGUAUCAUAAAUUGUUCAACCAGUUCCUCUUGGUGGACAUUUGGAGCUUUUCCAGUUUUGUGUGUGUGUUACGAACAGUGCUGUGUUGGAUAUCCUUGCACAUAUCUUUAUGUGCUCAGGAAUUUCUUUUGAUAAAAUCCCUAGAUCAGUGAAUACACAUAUUUUCUAUAGUGUAUGAGGGUGCCUGUUUCCCUAUAUCCCUCAGUAGUACUGCAUCUUAGGAAAUUUUUUAAAUUUUUAUUAAUCUGAAAGUGAAAAAAUACCCUUAGUGUUGUAUCAUCAUUUCUUUAAUUAUGCAUGAGAUUGAGCCUCUUUUCGUGUUUAUGAGCUGUUUUUAUUUCCUCUUCUGUGAUGCGCUGUGAAUAGGACAAUAAACCUUUAAUUGGCUGGCACAUUUGCUGUUAUUAGAAAAGAAGUCAUCACAGUUUGGAGCCAUGCAUUAUAUAAUUUCUUGGGAACAACUUUCAGGGCAGAGCCUACCCUUGUGGAGAGCAAGAGGGCUUCAUAAGGACCCAAGACUGGAGGAGACAAAAUUCAGGAAUAAUCAGAACCUUUACAGUGGAGGCCAAGAAGGGGCUACUAGCAAAAGAUGGUGGAUCGCUUGGCAAACAGUGAAGCAAAUACUAGACGUAUAAAUAUAGUAGAAAAUUGUUUUGGAGCAGCUGGUCAACCCUUAACUAUACCUGGAAGGGUUCUUAUUGGAGAAGGAGUAUUGACUAAGUUGUGCAGAAAGAAGCCCAAAGCAAGGCAGUUUUUCUUAUUUAAUGAUAUUCUUGUGUAUGGCAAUAUUGUCAUCCAGAAGAAAAAAUACAACAAACAGCAUAUCAUUCCCCUGGAAAAUGUGACUAUUGAUUCCAUCAAAGACGAGGGAGACUUGAGAAAUGGAUGGCUUAUCAAGACACCAACUAAAUCAUUUGCAGUUUAUGCUGCCACUGCCACUGAGAAAUCUGAAUGGAUGAAUCACAUAAAUAAAUGUGUUACUGAUUUACUCUCCAAAAGUGGGAAGACACCCAGUAAUGAACAUGCUGCUGUCUGGGUUCCUGACUCUGAGGCAACUGUAUGUAUGCGUUGCCAGAAAGCAAAAUUCACACCUGUUAAUCGUCGUCACCAUUGCCGCAAAUGUGGUUUUGUUGUCUGUGGGCCCUGCUCUGAAAAGAGAUUUCUUCUUCCAAGCCAGUCCUCUAAGCCUGUGCGGAUUUGUGACUUCUGCUAUGACCUGCUUUCUACAGGGGACCUGGCCACGUGCCAGCCUGCUAGAUCGGACUCUUACAGUCAGUCAUUGAAGUCUCCUUUAAAUGAUGUAUCUGAUGAUGAUGAUGAUGAUGAUAGCAGUGACUAAGGACAUGUUUUGAAAUAUUUAAUUGGGUGUGACUACCUGAGAAAUCAGCUCUGGGGGGAAUGUAAAAUUCUGAGCUUUCUCUCAGUUUUGCUCUAGCCGUGAAUUUGCCUGAGAAACUUUUAACCUAUGUGCCUCAAUAUAUCCUAUAGAAAAUAGGUCCUGUCAUUGUGUCCUCACCCCCACCCCCGCCCAACUGCCCGCUCUUCUACAGGGAUAGAUUAUUGGCAAGUAUAUCAGAUAAAUGUUGGUUUCUUAUUCUUGUUUAAUUUUAGAUUAUUUUGUUGGAAGGUUGGGAAAAGAUGUUUAUUUAACAGAUCAUGUACUACAUUGUUGUUUACUAUAUGUUCUGUUAUAUGGAAAAACUAAAAGCAAAAAAUGGGAAAAGGAAUAUAAUGCGGUUAGCUAGUAUUAUUACCUUUUUCCUAACCAUCCUAUCUGAUAGUUAAGACACCAGUAACAAAACAUGAUUUGAAAAUAUUUUGUUUGGCUGUUUCAUAUACCAAGUGGUGCCUUAUCAUAGUAGCACUGUUACGUGAAAUUAGCCCCUACCUUCUCACUUUUAGUUUGUUUUGAAAAUACACUGGUGCUCUAUGAGGUGAUAAAAUGAGCAUUUAUGAAUGGGUGUAAUUUAAAAAUACUUCUCAUCUUCCAGCUACAAAUAACUAAAUUUAGAGCUUCUUCAUUCUAUAGGGAUAAAUAUUUUUCCAUAAAAUAGUUGUGAUUAUAUUUUUAUGUUUUAUAGGUACCAAAUUAUAAUUGUUAAAUAUAUAUUUUAAAUCUGUUAGAUAGGUUUUCAUUCUUAAGAAUUUGGUUUGAAAUUUAUCAGAUACAGAAUUGUCACAUUUCAUUAGUUUCUAUUUUAGUAAAAUGUGUUUGUACGUAUAAAUUCAUCUGCUUUAACAUUACUUCUAGAAUGAAAAAUCUUAUAAAACCUUUGAAAUUAAAGAAACUUUUAAAAAAAAAAUCCCAUGAUAGAGCACAGAUCUACUUAGGCUGAAGACUUGGAAGAAAUAAUGUGUAAGAAUGGUCAAGACCAGUUAAGUUUGACUAGACUUUAUAUUGGUGGAAGUAUUGUCUAUUUCAGUGUGAAACUAUCUUGAAUUUGCAAAUAUAGUGUUAUAUUUUAUGAAGUUUUGUAAAGUCCCAAACAAUAUUUCUAUUUUUGUAAAACAAUUGUAUGUUUAAUCUGUUUCUGAAAUCCUUUUGCAAUCUGUAGAAAUAGAGUAGCAAUUGAUCUUUCUAAAUUGUGAACUUUAUUGAGUCAGUGAUUGCUUUUGAGAAUUGGUAAUUUUUCACUCUUUGCUUUUGAGGCAGCCAUUUAGGUUGAAAGUGUAUUUAUCAUAUAAAACUUGAUGCAUUUUGCACUAUUCUCUCCAUUUGUAUGCUGCAAAUAACUACAGUCUUUCAAAUAUGAAAAAAUCAGCCUAAAGUUUGUUAUAAAUUCCAAACUUUUUUGUUUUUAAACAUUUAAAUCUGGAUAUAUUGCGAAUGUCAUGAGUUUUGAUUCAGUAAUGUGAUGGAGAAUUUUGGGGUUUGCUUACGGCACUAAUUUUACUGUUAAAUUGUGAAGGUAGAUAUAUAGAUUUCCCUGUAGGAAAUGUGAAACAAAGACACAACAGUUUUUUUGUUUGUCUUAAUAUCAGAUGGACAUUUAUUUCCAAGCAAUAUAUACAUAUAAUUAAUCAACAUAUCUCAAAAUGACCAUGAAACCUGAGAAGUGCUAAUGGAGACUUGCUGGUACAUAGGAACCUAGCAAAUUCAAGAACCAAGGGAAAUGUUCUGGGAUGACAUUUGCAUUGUCAACGUCUGUUGACUCUGUUUUUACAAUAAAAAAUAUUUUACAACUUAA